CAAAGCCUCCGCCUUCCCAGGAGCCCCUGCGGCCGGGCGCGAAGAUGGCGGCGGCGAUGGCCGGGCGCUCCUGAAGCAGCAGUUAUGGAGCUUCCCUCAGGGCCGGGGCCGGAGCGGCUCUUUGACUCGCACCGGCUCCCGGGUGACUGCUUCCUGCUGCUCGCGCUGCUGCUCUACGCGCCAGUCGGGUUCUGCCUCCUCGUCCUGCGCCUCUUUCUCGGGAUCCACGUCUUCCUGGUCAGCUGCGCGCUGCCAGACAGCGUCCUUCGCAGGUUCGUAGUGCGGACCAUGUGUGCGGUGCUGGGGCUGGUGGCCCGGCAGGAGGACUCCGGACUCCGGGAUCACAGUGUCAGGGUUCUCAUUUCCAACCACGUGACACCUUUCGACCACAACAUAGUCAAUUUGCUUACCACCUGUAGCACCCCUCUACUCAAUAGUCCCCCCAGUUUUGUGUGCUGGUCUCGGGGCUUCAUGGAGAUGAAUGGGCGGGGGGAGUUGGUGGAGUCACUCAAGAGAUUCUGUGCUUCCACGAGGCUUCCCCCCACUCCUCUGCUGCUGUUCCCUGAGGAAGAGGCCACCAAUGGCCGGGAGGGGCUCCUGCGCUUCAGUUCCUGGCCAUUUUCUAUCCAAGAUGUGGUACAACCUCUUACCCUGCAAGUUCAGAGACCCCUGGUCUCUGUGACGGUGUCAGAUGCCUCCUGGGUCUCAGAACUGCUGUGGUCACUUUUCGUCCCUUUCACGGUGUAUCAAGUAAGGUGGCUUCGUCCUGUUCAUCGCCAGCUAGGGGAAACGAAUGAGGAGUUUGCACUCCGUGUACAACAGCUGGUGGCCAAGGAAUUGGGUCAGACAGGGACACGGCUCACUCCAGCUGACAAAGCAGAGCACAUGAAGCGACAAAGACACCCCAGAUUGCGCCCCCAGUCAGCCCAGCCUUCUUUCCCUCCCUCCCCUGGUCCUUCUCCUGAUGUGCAACUGGCAACUCUGGCUCAGAGAGUCAAGGAAGUUUUGCCCCAUGUGCCAUUGGGUGUCAUCCAGAGAGACCUGGCCAAGACUGGCUGUGUAGACUUGACUAUCACUAACCUGCUUGAGGGGGCCGUAGCUUUCAUGCCUGAAGACAUCACCAAGGGAACUCAGUCCCUACCCACAGCCUCUGCCCCCAAGGUGAGACCCAGGAAAUGGUCAGAUCCAAGUCUUAGGUUUCCCAGCUCUGGCCCGGUGACCCCUCAGCCAACAGCCCUAACAUUUGCCAAGUCUUCCUGGGCCCGGCAGGAGAGCCUGCAGGAGCGCAAGCAAGCACUAUAUGAAUACGCAAGAAGGAGAUUCACAGAGAGACGAGCGCAGGAGGCUGACUGAGCUCAAAGGAACAGGAUGGCACCCAGAGCCGCAGGACGGAGACUGGGGGCAGCCCUCACCCAACUCACAAAAGGCUGGAUGGGUGGGUGGUAAAAAGGGAAGGAUGAGGCUCCCCCAAUGUCACAUUAAAUUCAUGGUUUUCAUUCAA